AUGGAAGGGCACGCUUCAAGCUCUGAUAUCAUCAGCGCCUUGCGCGAUAUCCGCCGGGGACAGUCGCAACUAGCGGCUGCCAUUGAAUCUUUGUCCGAGAGGCUCGAGUCUGGCGAUCCUGCCGCCUCCGCUCCACCUGGACCCGUUGCUUCGGAUGCCAAAUUUUCGGGCGCUUCUUCUAUUGCUCAGGCCCCGGACGCCACGGGUGUCGAAGGACAGUCGAGCUUGACCGAUAACUCACCGGAUGGUGUCGCAGAAGACUCACCGGUUGUGAAAGCGGCCCCUCCGCGGUCGGGCUUUACAUCUCGGAUCAUUCUCACCACAUAUCCCAAGCAGAUUGGCAUUGACCCCCUCCCGAUGGACUGGGGCAACCCUGAUCCUAUGAAGCGUGGUCCGGUUGCGGUAGCUAGAUCGCCCUCUACCAUAAGACGCCGAAACGCCAUUGGAGCCCAGUAA